UUUAUCAUCAUGUUGGAGAUGAUGAAACCCACAAACUCAAUAACAAAAACAGUAUUCCAAAAACUCAAGAACAUCAGUAAUAAUCCCCCAUUUUCAUCAUCAUCACUUUUUGAACAAUAUAAAUCAAUCCCAAAGGAAAAAGUGGAUUGUUUGGUAAUUGGGGCAGGUAUAAUUGGCAUAGCAAUAGCUAAAGAACUUAGUGUAAAUUAUGGAAGAGAAGUUUUGGUUGUUGAUUCUGCACCAAUAUUUGGAAGUGGUACAAGUUCUCGUCAUAGUGAAGUUAUUCAUGCUGGCAUUUAUUAUCCUCCUAAUUCUCUCAAGGCAUCUUUCUGUGUUAGAGGAAAAGAAUUGCUCUACAAGUACUGCAAAGACCAUGAAAUUCCACACAAGCAGAUAGGCAAGCUAAUAGUUGCUAGUGGAUUAUCAGAGGUUCCAAAGUUGAGCGCCCUCAUGACUCGAGGAAUUCAAAAUGGGGUUGAGGGUCUGAGAAUGAUGGAGGGUUAUGAAGCUACGAAGCUGGAGCCCGAAUUGCAAUGUGUUAAAGCUUUAUGGUCACCUUCCUCCGGAAUAGUGGAUAGCCAUUCCUUGAUGCUAUCGUUGGUGGGCGAAGCUGAAAGUCACGGGAUGACUUUCUCUUACAAUACUGCUGUUAUUGGUGGUCAUAUUGAAGGAAAUCAAAUUCAAAUUCACGUUUCCGAGAGCGAUGCCAUUGCAAAGUGGAACGGGAGGUCUGAAUUGGACUCUGAACUAAUUCUUAUUCCAAAGCUUGUAGUGAAUUCUGCAGGCUUAAGCGCUCCAGCCGUUGCAAAACGAAUGAAAGGCCUACCGGACGGUAUCAUUCCUGCUUCUAAAUAUGCUCGUGGUUGCUACUUCACACUGUCAAACUCUAAAUCCCCUUUCAAGCACUUGAUUUAUCCUAUACCUGAGGUUGGUGGACUUGGAGUGCAUGUUACCUUGGAUUUGAAUGGCCAAGUCAAGUUUGGUCCUGAUGUUGAAUGGAUAAAAGGAAUUGAUGAUAUUCCGAGUUUCCUCAACAUGUUCGAUUAUUCUGUCCAGGAAGACCGUGCGAGGCAAUUCUACCCAGCGAUAAGGAAAUACUACCCUGGUCUGAAGGAUGGAUCUUUGGAGCCAGGUUAUGCAGGCAUCAGACCAAAGCUUUCUGGUCCAGAAGAGGGGCCUACCGAUUUUGUAAUUCAGGGAGAGGACAUUCACGGUAUAUCUGGUUUAGUUAACCUGUUUGGAAUUGAAUCACCAGGCCUAACUUCCAGUAUGGCUAUUGCAGAACAUGUUGCUGCUAAACUACUGAAAUAAUGAGUCUUAUGUACGCAAUGAAUUAGUAUUUAAACUUGCUGAAGUUUCAGAUGUUGAGUUGGAGAACUCUAUAGUUAUCGAAAUGAUUAUCAGUGAAAUUUCGCCAUCUAAGAAGGAUAUAUUGU